AUGAGUGAUAUCAUCCAGCUGCUUCCGAACAUCGACACGGAGCCAUUCGAGAAAGUGCUGGAACGACUGGAAAAGGCCAAUAUCAGCAGCAAUGACUUGAUGACUCUCGGCCCCGUCGAUGUCGCCCGCCGCGCCGACGUGUCUAUCGAUCAAGUACGCGAACUUACCGCAACCCUGAUCGCCCAGCUUCACGCCCAGCUCGGCUUUGACGAGUCCAGGAAUGGCCAUAGCGAAGAGGAGGAUGCUACUGCCAAGUCAGGAGAAGAAGACACAAGACCAACAUGGUCGCACAUCAGCACGCUGGACGAUGACCUCGAUGCAGCACUUGGAGGCGGCUUCCCAGCUGGACAAGUCUGCGAGAUUACAGGAGAAAGUGCGGCAGGCAAGACCCAGCUCCUCUUGACCCUGCUACUAGCUGUACAACUAGCGCCACCCAAGGGUCUCGGAAAGACUGCUCUGUAUCUUUCGACUGAGGCCCCCUUGUCAACCACGCGCCUGAACCAGAUAUUGACAAGGCAUCCGUAUCUAUCUCUGUUAUCGGAAUCUGAACGACCAUCACUGUCCCGCGUGCAGAGUGCCCAACUACAAGACCUCGAGUCCCAAGACCAUGUUCUGCGCUACCAAGUGCCCGUUCAAAUCGCUCGAGCCAACGUUGGCCUCAUUAUCAUCGAUUCCAUAGCCGCAAAUUUCCGUGCUGAGUUCGACCGCGCUGGCGCUGCUUCGUCAUCGGAUGCUCUGGCUCGUCGCAGUCUGCAGCUGACUCAACUUGGCUCUCAUCUGCGCGACCUCGCUCGUACCCAUAACGUCGCCGUCGUCGUCGCCAAUCAAGUCCUCGAUCGAUUUGGCCCCAUCGCUUCCUACUUCGAUGCCGCUGUGACUCCCACCCCGCUCUCGCAAUCCUCUGUUAGUACACAAGUCUCGAAUGCGAACAACAAUAAUGCUGUUCCACCUCAACUGUCUCAGCAACCCAUACAAGUUUUCUCUACAAACGAUCCCCUAUCGCUGGAUCACCAACAACGGUUCUUCACCGGCUGGGGCGAUCAGCGCUUUUUGCGUGACCUCAAGACACCAUCAUUAGGACUGACAUGGACAAACCAAUUGUCGGCCCGCAUCGUGCUGCUCAAGCAACCAAUACUCAAGCCUCAAGAUUAUCUCCUAGGGCCGGGUAUGGACAUCGUCGGAUGGAAACGACAUCUCAAAGUCGCCUUCUCAGCUUGGUCGCGUGACAAUAACGGGGUGGACGGUGUCGAAUUUGAGGUAUGCGAAGAAGGCAUCAGAUCGAAAAAGGCGGAUGACAAUACAGGCACGAAUGAAGCAACGUGA